AUGGCUGCGACAAGGAAAUUACAAGGUGAAAUAGACAGGUGUUUAAAAAAGGUCACGGAGGGUGUGGAGACAUUUGAGGACAUCUGGCAGAAAGUGCACAAUGCGACAAAUAGUAAUCAGAAGGAAAAAUAUGAGGCCGAUCUCAAGAAGGAGAUUAAAAAGCUUCAGAGGCUACGGGAUCAGAUCAAGUCGUGGAUCGCCUCCGGGGAGAUUAAGGAUAAGAGUACACUUUUAGACUAUAGGAAACUAAUAGAAACGCAAAUGGAAAGGUUUAAAGUGGUUGAGCGCGAAACAAAAACGAAGGCCUACUCAAAGGAGGGCCUUGGGGCCGCGCAGAAGCUAGACCCGGCGCAAAAGGAGCGUGAGGAAAUGUCUUCUUGGCUUAUUACGUCAAUUGACGCACUUAAUUUACAGAUUGAUUUAUUUGAGUCUGAAGUAGAGUCACUGUUAGUUGGUAAGAAAAAACGUCUGGAUAAGGAGAAGCAGGACAGAAUGGAGGAGCUCAAAUACAAGCUGGAAAAGCAUAGGUUCCACAUAAAGAAGCUUGAGACACUGUUACGCAUGCUAGAUAACAUGUCUGUUGAGGUAGAGCAAGUAAGUUUUCAUCUUAUAAAGAGAAUAAAAGAGGAUGUUGAAUACUACAUUACAUCAUCACUUGAGCCCGGUUACGAGGAGAAUGACUGCAUAUAUGAUGAUAUAAAUGGGCUGGAUGAAAUCGAACUAAGCGGAGUCGGGCUACCAUCCUCAGCCACUACGGACAGCAACAAUAGCAACGACUCGCCAGGAUCCCCCACCAGCAUACUAUCAGGCACCAGUCCAAUAACGUCACCCGCGUUAGACGCACACAACCACUCAACAGACUCCAUAGACAUCGAAAAGAGGAAGAAAGAGGAAAUCGUGGCGAAACCGGUCAAACCGCUGCCGCUACGCGCGGUGAACAGCUGCGCGGUCAGUAAUAGCGCGACUAACGUUAGUUCCUUGCUCAAUAACUCCGCCGCAUCCACGAAUAGUAUAAACACUACGGGCGCGUCUGGCGCGUCUACGCCGAGCAAGCAGCCGCCGCCGCCGAGCCCGCCGCACGUGCUGCAGCUGGCGCACGCCGCGCACGUGCAUGCGCUCGUGCACCAGCGCCAGAACAACACCGAGGUAGUGGAGAAUGGUCCCGUGUCGAUCGCGCCAAUUCUCAACGCCGUUGUACACCCACCGCCCCCCACGCAGCCCCUUCCAAUCGUGCCGAAGAGCGCGUCGGCGACGCCGUCGAGCGGGGCGAGCUCGUCGAGCGGCGGGGGCGCGGGCGCCGCCACUCCAGCGCCGAGGGAGCCCUCGCCGCCCACCCUCAACGGCCCCGCCACGCACAGCCUCACCGCGCACCCGGUUGACAAUGGGGUGGGCAGUCCGCCGCCGAGCGCGCCAGCGGCCAGCGGCACCGCUUCCCUCAAGAGCAUGGCCCAGGAGGCGGUCCACAGGGCGGGUCUAGACGCGCACCACACGCAGAAUACAACAAGAAGAGGAGUGACAUUAUCUCAAGCGCAUAUACCUCCGUUAUUAGGCGUCGCACCUUUGGGACCUCUAGCUUUAUCAACUGAGCACCAGCUGCAGUUCCGAAUGAUGGAGACGUCGUUCUACCACAUGCCACACCCGUCCGACUCGGAGCGCACGCGAGCCUACUUGCCGCGCAACAUCUGCCAGACGCCAGUCUAUUACAACCAGGUGCUCCUACCGCACUCGGACUCGGUGGAGUUCUUCCAGCGUCUCUCUACGGAGACGCUGUUCUUCGUGUUCUACUACAUGGAGGGCACGAAGGCGCAGUACCUCGCCGCCAAGGCGCUCAAGAAGCAGAGCUGGCGCUUCCACACCAAGUACAUGAUGUGGUUCCAGAGGCACGAGGAGCCGAAGGUUAUCAACGAAGAGUACGAGCAGGGCACGUACAUAUACUUCGACUACGAGAAGUGGGGCCAGCGGAAAAAGGAGGGCUUCACGUUCGAGUACAAGUACUUAGAGGACCGCGAUUUGAAC